CAAACCCUACACUUUACUCUUUUCUCCUUUCUUCUCUACCAAACCCUACGAAGGUUUUCUCUCAACAUUUCUUCCCUUUCUUGCUUUCUCAAUCUCAUCACUUUCUCCCCUCUCUUCUCUGAUCAGUCGCCAACGCGUGUGAACUCGUCGCCGUGCUAUCAUCGGAGGCAGCUUCUUCCGUUGUCGCAUCGCGCUCGUGCCUCAUUUAGAAGGAAAAAAGGGGAUGCAUGUGAAUACGUCUUCUUUUCGUCAAAGCAAAUACCCAACAAUUCCUCUUUUAACCGCUCGCCAUGCUUAGCUUGCUUCCUGCAUUUGGCAGCUCAAAUCCAUGGAAGAAACUAAGGAUACUCUGUACCUACAUUAUGGAAGACAGUAUUUGAAGGAUUGUUACAUCGAAGGAAGUGUGGACUUCAUAUUUGGCAACAGCACUGCUUUGUUGGAGCAUUGUCAUGUCCACUGCAAGUCGAAAGGCUUUAUUACUGCACAGAGCAGAAAAUCUUCUCAAGAGACGACAGGUUACGUGUUCUUGAGGCAGUGGCGAGACUUCUUACGUUCAUCUCGGGCGACCAUGGGGACCAUUUGCAAGGGUGGUAUUUGCUUACACACACAUGGAUAUGCCUUCAGAACCAUUUUGAGAGAGGAAGGUUUUGCUGCUCUUUAUAAAGGGAUUGUUCCUGGCCUUAUGCUUCAGGUUUCUCAUGGUGCCAUUCAAUUUACAGUCUAUGAAGAACUCCGUAAAGUUAUUGCCAACUCAAGGUCUAAAGGGACCAGAGUCGAUGCUCAAAGUUCCGGGGAAUUACUGAAUUCCGGUGAUUAUGCUGUUCUUGGAGGAACUUCUAAAAUUGCUGCCAUGCUUUUGACAUACCCAUUUCAAGUUAUUCGAGCUCGGUUGCUACAGUUCAGGAAGAGGAAUGUCAAGCCCUUGCUGCAUUUGGUGCCUGUUUCCAAUAUUAAUAAUUGUUUGAAGAAGCAUUUUCGAGACCUUUAAAAUGUCGUGAUCUUUGAAUUUAUAUAAUUCUGUUUGGUUGCAGUUAAUUUUACAAGCGUGUUUUCAUUGUUGGUGGAAUCAGACUUGAAUAAUAUGGGAUUUAUGUGCUUUAAGAUAUGAAUGGGAUUUAUUGUUGCUUUAAGAUA